AUGUUGUUGCGUAAUUUAGACGUAUCAGAAGGUCUAUGCAAUGGUGUAAGACUCAUUGUAACAAGUCUGUGUAAUCACAUAAUAAAAGCAAAAAUUGUUACUGAUGAACAAUCCGGCAAAGAAGUAUAUAUACCAAGAAUAACCCUUGAUUCAUCAAAAGGACAACUUGGAUGCACCGUGCAGCGUCACCAAUUUCCCGUUAGAUCAACAUUUGCCAUGACUGUCCACAAAUCCCAAGGGCAAACAUUCGAAUCUGUUGGGGUUGACUUAAGGUCAAGCCCGGUCUUCAUGCAUGGCAUGUUGUAUGUAGCAUUUUCUAGAGUUAAGGUAAAAGUUCGUCUUUCAAAUGAUGAUUCUCGACACACCCGCAAUAUAGUUUGGAAGGAAGUAUUAAGUUAA